AUGUCCUACUACGAGAACGCGCAGCAAUGGGCUGGUGGGCCAACCCCUCCUCAACAGAACAACUGGGAACACCAGGGUGCUACCACUCCCGUUCGGGCUGGUGCCAGCGCUCCUCAGCCCCAAGACGAAUAUGCUUUCUCGUAUCAGUUCGACGAGGUUGACCGGGCUUAUGAGAAUCUCCAAAAGUCUGGGAAGGGUUUCAUGUCGGGUGGCCGACGUAAAUUCUCGCCCAUGCACCAUGGCCCAAACUCCGCUAGAAGCACUCCAGACUUCGACGGCCGCAUGGCACACGGAGGUCCUCGAUCGCACUCGAUUAAUAGCUUCGACGAGUCCCGCGGUUCUGGCCAGGGAGCCAAUCUCAACAACUUCUACGCCUCUCAACGACACCAAUCAUCACGCGGCUCCAACGAGGCAGAGCAGGUCAUGCAGGCAAAGAGGAGGAUGGCGGCGCAGCGCGAACGUGAGCUUCGCAACCUGCACACAGAGCAGCAAUAUCAACGAAAUGCCCUGGCUGAAGUCGCAACUCCUCCUAACAACAAGCACAUGAGCGAGGAGGAGACUCGAGAACUUAUUGCCCGCCAGCGCAGCGCAUUGUAUGGCGAGGGCCCUUUCGCCGACAAGAACAGUUAUAUUGACGAGACGGGUAACAUUCGUACUGGUGCUCCAGGACCCAACGGCCCUCCCAGCCUUCGUGGUGCCUCCCCAUUGACCUUCGGUUCUGCCAGCCGUGCCCCCCCAAGCGGAGAGGCUAGCACACCUGGCUCUGUCGCUGAUCAUGCUUCUGCACCCGCCGACCCGAGCCCUCGACCAUCGAGCACGGCAAGCCCGCAGACCGCGGGCCCUACCAACAAAGUCUUUGACAACGCUGUGGGCCUCCAAAGCCGCACCAGCACCUCCAGCCCCACUGGCGGAUCGCCACCCCGUGAUCUUGCCCCUGGGGGGUCCAAGUCGGGCCAAUCUGGUGCCACUGUAGCUCCAAUUGGUACUCGCCCAUCCGGUACCCCAUCCGGAACUUCAUCAAAGCGCUCGACAACCCCUCUUGCUUCCUCUGGAUCUGGAGGCUGGGGCCGGGGAAGCGGCGUUUGGGGUCAGUCUUCCGGCUUGGGCACCCAAGCUAGCGUCUGGGGCUAA